GCCAAUUACAGUCGCGGCAGCGCGUCCGGGCGGCUGCGCUUGGGCGGGUUUGGGGGUAACAUCUGAGCGAUUAAAGGGCUGGGGUCAGUUGCCCGACUCCAGCCCGCGUCUAGUGCUGGUGGGAGGGUUGCGGCCGCCGCGAGGGAGCGAUGACUACGGAGCGACCCGGCACAGUGCCCCAGGGCAGACCCGGGACACCCCGAAUGCUGGGGCUAUGCGGAGUCUGUAGGGUUCAGGUAUUUGCCGCGAUCUUCUUGCUGCUGUUGUCUCCAUCAGGAGUCGGGGCCGCGGCAAAGAACGACUUCAGUCUGGUUCAUCCGCUCGUGACCAUGGAGCAGCUGCUGUGGCUGAGCGGGAAGCAGAUCGGCUCUGUGGACACCUUCCGCAUCCCGCUCAUCACCACCACUCCUCGGGGCACUCUCCUUGCCUUUGCUGAGGCCAGGAAAAUGUCAGCAUCAGAUCAAGGAGCUAAGUUCAUUGCUCUGCGGAGGUCCCUGGACCAGGGCAGCACAUGGUCUCCAACAGCUUUCAUUGUGGACGAUGGGGAGACCUCAGAUGGGCUGAACUUGGGGGCAGUGGUGAGCGACAGGACAACAGGAACGGUCUUCCUUUUCUACUCCCUCUGUGCUCACAAGGCUGGCUGCCAGGUGGCCUCCACCAUGCUGGUGUGGAGCAAGGAUGACGGUGUGUCCUGGAGUUUGCCCCGGAACCUCUCCUUGGACAUAGGCACCGAGAUGUUUGCCCCCGGACCGGGCUCUGGCAUUCAGAAACAGCGGGAGCCUCGGAAGGGUCGGCUCAUCGUGUGUGGCCACGGGACGCUGGAGCGGGACGGGGUCUUCUGCCUCCUCAGCGAUGACCACGGCGCCUCCUGGCGCUAUGGGAGUGGGAUCAGCGGCAUCCCCUAUGGCCGGCCCAAGCGGGAAAAGGAUUUCAACCCUGAUGAGUGCCAGCCCUAUGAGCUCCCCGAUGGCUCAGUCGUCAUCAAUGCCCGGAACCAGAACAAAUACCACUGCCACUGCCGAAUCAUCCUCCGCAGCUAUGAUGCCUGUGAUACUCUGAGGCCCCGUGAUGUGACCUUUGACCCUGAGCUCGUGGACCCUGUGGUGGCCGCAGGGGCUGUAGCCACCAACUCCGGCAUUAUCUUCUUCUCCAACCCAGCCCAUCCAAAGUUCCGAGUGAACUUGACCCUGCGCUGGAGCUUCAGCAAUGGUACCUCAUGGCAGAAGGAGAAGGUCCAGCUGUGGCCGGGGCCCAGUGGCUACUCCUCACUGGCAACCCUGGAGGGCAGGGAGGACCAGGCCCCGCAGCUCUAUGUCCUGUAUGAGAAAGGCCAGAAACAGUGCAUAGAGAGCAUCUCCCUGGCCAAAGUCAGCAUAUACGGGACACUCUAAGCUGUACACCUGCCAAGGGGGUAGAAGACCCUGGACUCAGCCUCAGGACCGUGGGUCUGUAGAGGGUCUGCUAGAGGGGCCUAGAAGACGGUUCCACCUUCCUUUAGACUCUAAUGUUUUGCAAAACCAACUUCUCUUUGACAGGGAAAUCAUUCCUUUAGGACUAAACACCUGGCUUCUCCCACAUAGGAAGAGUUGCCCACACCUGGGAGCACUUCCCUUCCACAUGGCUGGGUCUGUCCUCUUGCCCACACCUGGGAGCACUUCCCUUCCACAUGGCUGGGUCUGUCCUCCCGCCCUUCCUGCCCUCCCAGGACAAUGAUUGGUCCUUUUCUUAGGCAGGGCCAGGUGGGCCUGUAGCAUUAAAUAAACGUGAACUCAGGGAAUUGGUGAAGGCUUACCUCUUCGGGGUAAGAUACUGGCUUUGGAGAGGGUUGGUGAAAGUUCCAGAAGGGCAGGACAUCUGGUUUCAAGGUAGGGAACGAGGUGCACCACCCACUUUGACUAUGUAUGAAUCAAAAUGUUUAUAACUUAAUGUUUUUAAUGAAGGAGAAUGAAUAUUUGCAGAGUCUCUGUGGUUCUCUCGAUGCACAUCUUCAUGUCUGUUUUCCUCGUGCACACGUGUGGGA